AAGCGCUUCUUUUUGUAGUACAAAACUAACCACCUCAUCCAUAUAUAUAUGGAGCUGCUGCUGCAGCUUCUUCUAGCCAUGGGGGGCCUCCUUAUUUGUGGCUUUCUCUGUAGCUUAUUUUCUCUUCUUUGGCUCGCGCCCGUCGGAGUGAGUCGUCGGCUUCGCAGGAACGGCUUCGACGGGCCUUCGCCGAAUUUUCCGUUCGGAAACUUGGUUGAGAUGAGCAAGAAACAACAUGGUUCUUCUUCUUCUGCUUCUGCUACUGCUUCUUCUUGUUCUUCGAGCUUUACUAACGACAUCCACUCCACCGUCUUCCCCUACUUCGCACGAUGGAGGAAAACUUUUGGGAAGGUGUUCAUAUACUGGUUAGGAACUGAGCCGUUCUUGUACAUCGCGGAUCCCGAGUUCCUGAAAGUGGUGACUUCGGGGACUCUGAGCAGGAAGUGGGGGAAGCCCAACGUGUUCAAGAAGGACAGGAAGCCCCUGUUUGGCAAGGGUUUGCUCAUGGUCGAGGGUGGGGAUUGGGCUCAUCACAGGCACAUCAUUUCGCCAGCUUUCUCCUGCACCAAUCUCAACGCCAUGAUAAACCUAAUGGAGGAGUCCACAACCAAGAUGCUAGAUAGCUGGAGCAAGAUAGUGGCCUCAGGCCAAAAAGAGAUUGAUGUAGAGAGAGAGAUCACCACGAACGCGGCCGAGAUCAUCGCGAAAACAAGCUUCGGCCUAGGCGAAGAGAACGGCGUGAGAGUGUUCAAGAAGCUCCGACGCUUGCAAGCCACUCUCUUCGAGUCGAACCGCCUGGUCGGCGUCCCGUUUAGCAACCUAUUGUACCUCAAGCAGACCUACAAAGCAUGGCGGCUCGGAAGGGAGAUCGACCACCUCCUCCUCGCAAUCGUCGAAGCACGGGCGAGAAAGGGGCGCGGGGGGCAGGACCUCUUGAGUCUCCUUCUCGCGGGAGAGGGCGAGGGUGAGGGCAAGGAGAAGGCGCGGAAGCUCACGACGAGGGAGCUCGUGGACGAGUGCAAGACAUUCUUCUUCGGCGGUCACGAGACGACGGCGCUCGCGCUCUCGUGGACGCUGCUCUUGCUGGCGAUGUACCCCGAGUGGCAGGCGGCUCUCCGGGAGGAGAUCGCAGAGCACUCCGCUGGCGGAUCGCUCGACUCCGACGGGCUGUCGAAACUUACGAAGAUGAGUUGGGUCCUGAAUGAGGUACUGAGGCUUUACUCCCCCGCGCCGAACGUACAACGGCAAGCGCGCGAAGACAUUGCGAUCGGCGAGUCGCUGGUCAUCCCGAAGGGAACCAACAUGUGGGUCGACGUGGUUGGGUUGCACCACGACGCGUCGCUGUGGGGCGAUGACGUAAACGAGUUCAAGCCGGAGAGGUUCAGCGCUGGCGCAGGCGGCGGGUGCAAGCACCGGAUGGGGUUCUUGCCCUUCGGAUUCGGGGGGAGGAUUUGUGUGGGGAGGAACCUCACUCUGAUGGAGUAUAAGAUUGUGCUCAGUCUCAUACUAAAGAGGUUCUCUUUACAAUUGUCUCCCAAAUAUAAACAUGAGCCUAGGAUCAUGUUGUCUCUUAGGCCUUCUAAUGGGAUACAAUUAGUUAUUAAUCCCAUUAACUAAGUAGAGAAAUACAUAUAUAUAUAUAUAUAUAUACACACACACACACACACACACACUUAAUUUUGGUGGACAUGUAGGAUUAAUUAAUGAAGGUUUGUGCGUGUAUAUGCUGAUAUUUCAUGCACAAACUCGAUCUGAACUUUUAUAUAUGGCUUGUGCACUUGUUUUCUAAUCAUAUGUACACUAUGUUCUCAUAUAUACAUUGAUGUUCCAAUUAAUUAAUCACUCCUAUCAGUGAGUUGAUUUGUUGAAUUUAAU